CGAACUCAGAACCUGGAUGCCGGGCUGCAUGCUGAGGUCUUCCAUCUCUCCCGCACCCAAGUCGCCCUCUUGGGUUUCCAUGGCCACAGAGGCCGCGUCCUCAUCCCUCAGCCAUCACCGCAGGCCUCCAGGGAGUCCCGGCAUAGGGCGCCAGUCCAGUGGCUGGGUGUCCCAGCCCCGGUCGACGCUCCUUUCCUAGCAGGGCUUGCGUCCUCCCCCGGGGUCCCCGGGGCACCCACCAGACCCCCGGGAGGGGUGCUGUCCAGGGCGGGAGACGGGGCUGCUCCGGGGACCGGGGAGGAGCAGACGCGCCCCUGCUGGCCGCCCGAGCUGGCCAGGGCGCCCCGGGCCCGCGCCCCGCCCCCCGCAGCCCCGCCCCGCCCCGCCCCCUCCCCGCCGGCGCCCGCCGCUCCUGGCGCUCGGAGCGCGCGGGCCUGGGGACUCGGGAGCCCGCCGCCGGGGCCGCAGCAUGGGGCGCUUCCGCGGGGGCCUGCGGUGCAUCAAGUACCUGCUGCUCGGCUUCAACCUGCUCUUCUGGCUGGCAGGCUCAGCCGUCAUUGCGUUUGGACUAUGGUUUCGAUUUGGAGGCACCAUAAAGGAUUUAUCAGCAGAGGACCAGUCCCCAGAAUAUUUCUACAUGGGCCUGUAUGUGCUGGUUGGAGCCGGCGCCCUGAUGAUGGCCGUGGGCUUCUUUGGAUGUUGCGGAGCCAUGCGGGAAUCACAGUGUGUGCUGGGAUCAUUUUUCACCUGCCUACUUGUGAUAUUUGCUGCUGAAGUAACUACUGGAGUGUUCGCUUUUAUAGGCAAGGGUGUAGCCAUUCGACACGUUCAAACCAUGUAUGAAGAGGCCUAUAAUGAUUACCUGAGAGACAGGGCAAAGGGAAAUGGCACGCUCAUGACCUUCCACUCAACAUUUCAGUGCUGUGGAAAAGAAAGUUCUGAGCAGGUGCAGCCCACGUGCCCAAAGGAGCUUCCGGGCCACAAGAAUUGCAUUGACGAAAUUGAAACCAUAAUCAGCAUAAAGCUUCAGCUCAUUGGAAUUGUUGGUAUUGGAAUUGCAGGUCUCACGAUCUUUGGCAUGAUAUUCAGUAUGGUCCUCUGCUGUGCGAUACGAAACUCUCGAGAUGUGAUAUGACAGCACUACUUCUGCACAAAAGCCACAACCCAGAGUCUUGCUACUAAAUGUCACCGUGGCUGUCUUCCAGCUCGUUUUAACAUUCAACGGAUGUUAGGUUCUAAAAGAAUUUGCUGUUAGUUGUACAUUUGCACAUGUGUGUAUGUUUGGCUCAUUACCCAUUUGCCCCUUGAGUGAGUUCCUAUGUGUGUUGACUGAGUGCCUAUUCACAUGUGAUUUGAGUGUUUCUGGUAUAUGCAUUACACACAACAAAAUUUGUUUGCUGGGAA